UUCCAUCCAACCAACUUUUAGCUGGACCAAAGUUCCAAUGGCCUCUGCUCUGUUCUCAGCACCCGUUGCUUCCUUCAAAGCCACACCAAAACCAGGGAAUUGCUUGGGCUAUCACUACAAUAAGAAUCAUUUUCGAGCUGACUUGUGCCAGAGUUCAGCAGCCACUAAAUUCGGCAAUAUACAAGCUAAGGCUGAAAAAAGUGAUCAAAGCCCCAAACCGAAUAGCGUGAUUUGUGCCGACUGUGAUGGAAAUGGUGCAGUUCUAUGCUCGCAAUGCAAAGGUAGUGGAGUGAACUCUGUUGAUAUUUUCAACGGACAGUUUAAAGCUGGCGACUCAUGUUGGCUUUGCGGAGGUAGAAAAGAGAUGCUAUGUGGAAAUUGCAAUGGAGCUGGUUUUCUUGGUGGCUUUCUGAGCACUUUUGAUGAAUAGAAAUUAGAAAUUGUGUGCUGGAUGAAGAGUAUCUGUUCCACGCAUAAAAGUAAGAUUUGGUCCAUAGCAUCCUCAGAGUUAGAGCGUGUGUAUAUCUUUGUGCAUACAAAUCAGAAUUGCCUGUGAAACUUAACCUAAUUAGUAAUUAUUGAGGUGAGAGAUAUAUUUAUGUUAGUUUCUUUCAUUCAUCUGUAUCAAGAUCCUGCAACCUGCAGAGGCAGUGCAAAUUUGGAAAAGUUGUUCAGUUUGAUUUGGAUCCAAAAUUGACUGGAAUUUUUUUUUGC